UUGGAACACGCGCUGAGCAGCAGCUAGAGGAAGCUCCAGACGUCAGUGGAACAUGGCGAUGAGCUGGAGAGCUGUCAACCGUACACAGAGCAAAACAAACGCCGCCAGGGCCACGGUGCUUCUCUGAGAGCCAGCAAACUGAAGCUUCCCGGAGCACAUUCAUCAGCAUUUCAUCUUUUUCUUUGCUACCUCUGGGACUCAACGUAUGCCGAAAGGAAGGGGCGGUCGAGCGGAGUUGACAGCUAACGUCGCGGGCUCAGCUAACGUUUACCUGGACGGUCUGACCACAGAGCCUCUCCUGCUAACUAACUCUUAGGGAGCUAGCUAUCGAUCCCAUCAAGCGCUCAGCUAUUUGGGUUAACUCCUGGUGCACUCGGGCGCGAUUAGCCAGUCGAUAAUAACACAGCAUGAUCCAGUGAACUGUUGCUCCAUUUUUGCCUGUCACUAAUAUCCAGGUAGUCCGUUUUAAUCUAACGUGUCAGUGUCAUAUGCCACGUUCUUGUCGCUUGUUUCAAGCUUUAGUCAAAUAGAAAAUGUCAGACAACCAGAGCUGGAAUUCCUCCGGGUCUGAGGAGGACUUGGAACCGAGAGAGGAGCCUGGACAUCCCGUUGGAAUCGCCGAGUUCAGUGGAGUCCUCAGUAAGUGGACAAACUACAUCCAUGGCUGGCAGGACCGUUGGGUUGUGCUGAAAAACAACACACUGAGCUACUACAAGUCUCAGGAUGAGACAGAGUACGGCUGCCGGGGUUCCCUCUGCCUUAGCAAAGCCGUUAUUACUCCUCAUGAGUUUGACGAGUGCCGCUUAGACAUCAGUGUGAACGACAGCGUGUGGUACCUCAGAGCUCAAGACCCGGAGCACAGACACCAGUGGAUCGACUCCAUUGAGCUGCACAGGAGCAUCAGAGAAGGCAGGAGAGAGAAGGGAGGAGUCCAGGGAACAAUAAUCAUCCCUCCACCACUGGCUGAUUCUGGAUAUGGCUCUGAGUCCAGUCUGCGGAGACAUGGCUCCAUGCUGUCUCUCACUUCAGCCACCAGCGGCUACUCUGCCACCUCCACAUCAUCCUUCAAGAAGGGCCACAGCCUGAGAGAGAAGCUGGCAGAGAUGGAGACAUUCAGAGAUAUCUUGUGCAGGCAGGUGGACACGCUUCAGAAAUACUUCGAUAGUUGUGCAGAUGCUGUGUCCAAGGAUGAGCUGCAAAGAGACAAAAUUGUGGAAGAUGAUGAAGAUGACUUUCCAAACACCCGGACAGAUGGAGAGUUUCUGCACAAUAACAAUGGCAGCAAAGAAAAAUUGUUCCAGUCCUUGAGUCCCAAGGGAAUCAAUGGCAUAGACUUUAAGGGUGAGGCCAUCACAUUCAAGGCGACCACAGCUGGGAUCUUAGCCACUCUGUCACACUGUAUUGACCUCAUGGUGAAAAGAGAAGACAGCUGGCAGAAGAGACUGGAUAAGGAAAUGGAGAAGAGGCGAAGAAUAGAGGAGGGCUAUAAAUCAGCCCUGACUGAGUUGAAGAAAAAGUCUCACUUUGGCGGUCCAGAUUAUGAGGAAGGUCCAAACAGCCUCAUCAAUGAGGAUGAAUUUUUUGAUGCAGUUGAAGCUGCUCUUGACAGACAGGACAAAAUAGAGGAACAGUGUCAAACAGAGAAGACGAGGAUACAGAGAUCCAGCCCUGUUCCCCCUGGAGACGUCUAUUCCAGCACCGGCACACACAGGUUCUCUGACAAGCCUCAUAGUCAGUCUUCCCCUGCUCUGAUAGUUACGGCCCCUCCUCAUCACGUCCACAGAUUCAGCGCAGAGGUGGAGGAGAUGGUGCAGAGUCACAUGACCUACUCUCUGCAGGAUGUCGGUGGGGAUGCCAACUGGCAGCUGGUUGUAGAAGAGGGAGAAAUGAAGGUGUACAGAAGAGAGGUGGAAGAAAAUGGGAUUGUGUUGGACCCUCUGAAGGCCACUCAUUCAGUAAAAGGAGUGACUGGUCACGAGGUCUGCCACUACUUUUGGGACACCACCUACCGCAACGACUGGGAGACCACUAUUGAAAACUUCAAUGUUGUGGAGACACUGUCAGACAAUGCUGCAAUUGUGUAUCAAACACACAAGCGGGUGUGGCCUGCAUCUCAGAGGGACGUGCUGUACCUUUCUGCCAUGAGAAAGAUCUUGGCCAACAAUGAGAAUGACCCAGACACCUGGCUGGUCUGUAAUUUCUCUGUGGAUCACGACGGUGCGCAGCCAACCAACAGGUGUGUCCGUGCCAAAAUCAACAUCGCCAUGAUCUGCCAGACCCUGGUCAGCCCACCAGAGGGAGAUAAAGAGAUCAGCAGAGACAAUAUCCUGUGUAAAAUCACUUAUGUCGCCAAUGUGAAUCCUGGAGGCUGGGCUCCGGCCUCAGUGCUCAGGGCUGUGGCUAAGAGGGAGUACCCCAAGUUCCUCAAGCGCUUCACCUCCUACGUGCAGGAAAAAACUGCCGGCAAGCCCAUCUUGUUCUGAGACUCACCGUGUUGAGACAUGAAGACGGAGCUGCAUCUGAGGCUGAGGACCUGCUAUCUGCAAGACGAUGAACAAACUCCUUCCUCACAGUGAUUGUCCCCUUCCCGGUUCUGAGCCACAGGUUCAUCCCAGUAUAAGAGGAAGAGUCAUAAUGGCCACGGGUUGCUGCAUUCAGAAUCAGCCUAACAUCAAUCUGUCCAGUUGAUUGAAAUCUGGCAGUAAUUCUUGUUAAUCAUUUCAAAAGAGAUUACUGCUUGGUUUCGUUCCCCUUCGUUGCGGUUUAAUUUAUAAAAUACUAUACCACAGUCAGUCAAAUGUACUGUAGAUUAUUUAAAGUGUCAGUAAAAGCCUGGUAAGUAUUUUUAACUUUGUCUGCAGCUGUGGGUUAACCUGUUACUGUUCCUCUGGCUGCAGCAGCAGCUCCUGAAGCCACAUCUUUCAUGCUCACAUAGGGACACCAGUUUAUGACAAAUGUGUAAAUAUAGAAAUGUAUGUAUGUUCUGUAAGAAGUUUGUUAAAAAAAAAAAAAAAAAACAAA